AUGAGUUCAUUUCUAAAAUCAUUCAACGAAGUUGCUAUUGUUUAUCCUUCACAUAAUAAACGCUCAAAAGACUUUUCUAAAGCUCUAUCUAUUAUUCUUGAUGCUGAUAUUUAUAAAAUUUCAAUUUAUAAUCCUAUCCAUUCAAAGAAUAAAAUUCGUUCAAUAAUUCAUAACCAUUUGAUAAGAAAGACUAGAUCAUUCAGAAAAAGAAUUGAAACAAUUACAACAUGCUCUGUUGAUAUUGAUCGUUAUCGUGCUAUUAUUAUCAUUUGUUCUGUAGAAGGAAAUCAUUUAUCAACAGAAUGUUUAUCUUUUUUGAAUUCAUUUUAUUUAUUAUUUGCAUCAUCACCAGCAAAACUACUUGUUGUAGGAUUAGGUUCUUAUCAGAAAAAAUACUCAAAAGAUAUAUCACGACUAAAAUCACAAUUUAUUGAAGAUGAUGUGUAUGUUGAUAUUCCAAUCUUUAUUCUUAAUUCUUCUAUUCCUAAGUAUAUGAAGGUUAUUGAUUCAAUGUAUCAAUAUGUCCAAGUUCCUAAACCAAAACAACAGAUUCAAUCCUUCAAUUGUCAUCAAAAUAGUGUAUUCACUGAAAGAUCUACAAGUACCUAUUAUCACUCUCAUAGUCCAUCUGAAUUUAUGAGAAAAAGUGAAGAACAUAAUAUUAUUAGCGAUUAA